GAGGCCGAGCCGCUCUGGACGGAGGUGCACAGUCAGAGCGCGCUCGAGAUGAAGCAGCACGCCGAGUCAUCGAAGGGCCUCUUCAUUAAGGCGGGCCAGGCGAUGAGCAGCAUGCCAGGAACUCUGCCAGACGAGUAUGUGACCCAGUUCAAGUCGCUCACGAACGAUUUGCCCGUGAGCAGGAUCGAG